AUGAGCGACAGUCCACGCUUCUCUCUACGCUUUAAUAGCGCAGAGAUUAGUCGAGUCUUCGACUUUGGGCGAAACACGCGCACCCGUACCGUGUCGAUUGGCAGCAGCAGCUACAAUCUCCUGCAGGCCGAAACGAACGAAAGCAGGGAACUGUUCCGCGACGACACGCGCUAUGCCGAUGGAUCAGCUAAGCCGAUCAUGUCCUUCCGCGGAGGCACGUCAUGGCGCCAUUUGGACACCGAACGCGAGUCGCUUUCCCUCGACCUGUUCUGGUCAAGCCAUAAGGAGAACCCAUUCCGCCCAGACAUCAUGCCGAUGAUGGAGCUCGCGCCACUUUGCAACUUCCGUAAUCUGCGCAGCCUUAAGCUGACUGGAAUGCUUCAGUCUUAUCAGCUCCUCAUCUGGCAGACAGUGUGGCUCAGUCAUGGUUUGGAAGAGUUGCAUUUGGAGAUGGCACUGGAGCCGUGUAUCCGCCACACAUUCUGUGGAAGCUGGCCAAAGAUCAGGGGAAAGUGGUUUCCACGAACUGCAGUUACAGCUCGGGGCCUCUAUUAUGGCAAGAAUGGACGAGGUGAAUUGCAGCGCCGCGUUGGAUUUGGAGAAUACCUCGACAAGCAUGCAAUUGGAAACGCAAAGGAAGCGGCCGCAGCCGUGGGCGCUACCCCGGACAAACUCCCAGUUGUCAAGUUAACGCUGAUGGGCUUUGUGGUUGAUUCAGACCCAUUCUUUCUCUGGUUCAACCCCCACCGCCUCCGCAGCAUCGAGUUCAAGGACCACUGCGUCGACGCCGGGUUUGCUCUCCCGGUCCAAAUGAGCGAGCACGUCGUUGUGUCCUGGCCGCGGCAGGACAAUCCUGGAGAGCCAAUGUGGGCACGACGAGUCACGCCUGGAGAGAUCCAACUGAUCGAUCGGAAAAGGACUGCCAACAAGGGAGACAAGGGCAAGGAAAAGGCCGGUGCAGACGAGCAGGCGGCGUCGAAGCCAGGACAGGGCAAAAGAAGCGGCAAAGCAACCGUCAGCCAGCCGGAAGAUGCGCCGUCGGGACAGCCUGCUCGUCGCUCAGGAGGAGGAGGAUUGCUGCACAUCGGCGGGCGUCGCUUUCUCCGGAAGAAGAAAAACACCGACUGA